AGGGCAAUGCAUUUGAAGAUGUUUAAAUAUGACUCAUUUAGAAGGCAUGCUCAGAUGUACAUAGAGCCAGCGAUUGUACACAAGUGGAAGACGACACAGGAUGCUAUUUUGCAGCAGCUCAGUGAGCAGCAGAAUGUUGUCCUUGGUGGUGACUUGAGAGCAGACGCUCCCGGACAUAGUGCCAGGUAUGGUAGCUACACCAUGAUGGACCUGAGGACCAACACUGUUAUUGAUAUACAGCUGGUUCAAAGUAAUGAGGUCGGGGGAAGCUACCACAUGGAGAAAGAGGGCCUGAAGAGGAGCCUGGCUCUGUUGGAAGAACGGGGUGUUACUUUGGAGAGUAUUGUGACACACCGUCGCCCCCAAAUCCAGAAGUUCCUGAAGGAGUCCAAUAUCACGCAUUACUACGAUGUGUGGCACAUGGAAAAAGGACUGUCCAAGAAACUGUUGAAGAUCUCACAGAACAAGGACUGUGAGAAACUGACGAAAUGGCUUCGCAGUAUAAAAAACCAUAUGUACUGGACGGUUGCUUCUUCCACAUCGGUGCCAGAGAGAACUGCAAAGUGGACGUCCAUUUUGAACCACGUCCUGGACAUCCACACCCACGAAGACCCCGCUUUCCCCCAGUGUCUGCAUCCAAUCCGCAUUUCUAAAGACAGAAACAAGUGGUUGACAGCAGGAACAGCAGCCUUCUGCAGACUGGAGAAGGUACUGACCAACAAGAGGGUCAUGAAGGAUGUGGUCAAGCUGAGCCCUCAUUACCAAACAUCGUCGCUGGAGGAUUUUCAUAGACUCAUUCUAAGCUUCGCGCCCAAAAAUGUUGUCUUUCCUUUUCUUGGAAUGCUGUGCAGACUAUACCUGGCAGUCAUGCACUUCAAUGAAAACACAGACCGUGCACAGGCAACAAACUCUGAUGGCGAGCCACUCUUCAAGCUCCAGUUUCCAAAGUGGAAGAAAGGGGAAUUCACAGCAAAGCCAGUGAAAGAGCAGCCAACGUUCAGGUACGUGGAUGAAAUCAUGGACCUGGUGUUUGAGAAGGUUUUUCCAGAGCCUGGUCCAUACACGGAUGUGGUUCUGAAAAUGUCCAUCCCUGAAGAUCUCUCUGCACUGUUUGAAAAGCCGGACCGAAAGGAGGUGAUAGAGCGCUAUGUGACGAGGUUCAGUCAAGGGCUGGUCUGAACCCCACGUAGAUGCCUUCAGCAUUAAGGAACUCGAUCUGUAGCACCACACAGCAAGUCUUCGUCCCAGAAAAUCCCAACACCAGCUCACAAAGCUCCUGUACGCCAAGUAUCUGUAACGGCUGAAAAGAUUAUAUAUAUAUAUAUAUAUAUUAAGUUAGACAUUUACAUUUUUUACCUACUAUUUCUAAUACGUAUUUGAAUACUUGUGUGUCGUUUGCUGUGCUUCUACGUAUACUGGUUUUUGUACUUUCAUAUGUGUCAACAAUGUUAAUAAAU